AUGGCCAUCUGUCUUGAAUUUACGUUGCUCCACCUGCUUCUGUCUUCAAUUCUCCGUCCAGACUGUUACCGAAGUCUAGAGCACGAAGUUCUGGCUCAUCGUUCAACGGCCCUCCAGCUGUGUGGAAGGAAAGUUUUGUCUUACAACACGACAAAGAUGGGGUAUAUGUACUGUGACGGUGGCGAUCUCGGUCUCUUGGGGCUCCAACUUCCACCUCAUGGUUCGGAAUUGGCCAAUCUCCCAAGAAGAAUGUUGAAAAAAAUGUUGGAGAAUCAUCUACAGACUCUUUGCAGCGAGACACGGCUUAUGCGUCCAAUUCAUCCCGCGUCGUCGGUAUGGAAGACGAGAUGGCCGGGUAACCUUUGGAAGAUCUAUUUCGUUUCUUUAUGCAAGAAAAAACCUGCUUCUGACAAACUUUUGAUCAUGAUUUAUCAUCCAACAAAGCGACAAGCUGUUCUUCCAGGAUAUCCCCUUUCUUCCCUCUCUUUCGACAUGCUGUCCUCCACGGUGUUGUGGGCCGAAUUCCCCAAGAUAUGA